CGACGCUCUCGCAGCGACGUCGACGUCCGGCAGGAAUAGUUCCAGGAGAACGCGGAAGAGCAUCCAGCGAUGCAUUUCGAGUGACGCGCAAUCUUCGCUCUCGCCGACUGAAAGCUGCAUAGACGCCGGGUCUGGAGCUUUUUUUUUUGGCGUCGUCGACGCCGGUUUUCGAUUUCGAUUCGACCUGAACUGACUAUUGUAGAUAUACAGGUAUUGUUUGUCGUGGGAAAAAGUGCUGCCUGAGGAUGGGAAGCGCGUGGAAGCCGGGCGAUCCCGUCUGAGGUGUUAUGCACUCGUUACAGAGCGCCCAAUCGACAUUCGACAACAACAAUGAUAUCAAAAAAUCAAUCGAGAAAAUGAGCGACUCGAGCAAAUCCAGCUACCAGGCCAUCAAGUCCACGGAGUCGCUGUCGACGGGCAAGAAAUCGAAGAAGAACAGCGGAGUGCACUUGAACAACCUCUGGUCCAUUUGGUACGGGGUGUUCUUCGCCGGUUUGCAGGGCUACACGGCUUACAGGUGCCUCAAGAGGAUACUAGGUUAUGCAUUGCUGCCUUGGCCGGAAGGAUUGCCAUACAUAGAACUGAACUGCAGCCUGGGAUUGACCGGCGCUGCUAUACUAUUACUGCCUAUAUUCCUUCUCGUGGCGAUUUUUAAGAUCGGUAAUUUGGCGAACGAUGGCUACAAAAUCGGCAAGCAAUCGGGCACUUGCAGCAAGGAACCGCCCGAUUUGUUGAAGAGCGGCAGUUGCGGCCUGUUCAGGUACGGAGGCCCAACGGCUCCGUUUAUCCACAUCGCUAUAUCCUUUUGCUUGCUCAUACCGAACCUGCUCAUGGAGGCGAAGCUCAUCGAAGAAGGAUUCCUGUCACAAGAUAAAAUAUGGCACACCGACCUGGAUUUCAUCGUCAUGCACCGCGACAGGGUGGUGUUGAACUUCAAAACCUCCAACGCCUCGCUCCAUCCGACGCCGUCGUUCCACAAGGGCGUCCCGACGGCUACCGCCCGUCCCGCCGCCCUGCCUUUCGUCAGCGGACCGGUGGUGGCCAACACUGUCAUCAAAACCCUCAAGGACAUCAUAGGACACGAGAAUCACACCAUGCUAGAUAAUAAAGAGAUCGAGACUGGUUUUACGAGUUCAGUGAACAUCGAGUACACGAAUUUGGCCUUAGCUUUGGUCGUUUAUUCGAUACGUUAUCCGGCUCUAUUUUGGGCGACGAACAAGUGCUUGGGGUUGAUAUUCUCCUUCCAGCUGCUAAUCAACGGCAUCCACAUACUACUGAGCUUCGCCGGAAUGUCCAUACUCUAUAAGGUGCACGUCGUCGGCGUGUGGAAGGCCCUGCCGUUGCUCAAGCACAACGCCAGAGCGUACACUUUCGGCAAUUCCACGCCGUUCUUGCUCAACUCCCAAGUCACGUUCGCCUUGUACGUUUUAUCCACGCUGCUGGUGCUCGCCUCGAGCAUUGUACUCUAUUUUUACGGGCACACUAGAUUCAACGCAUUCUUGAACCAGCAACGCGAGAGCAAGAUAAUCACGUUGAAAGAAGAGGGCGCCGGAGGUAACUUGUGGGGCUAUUUCACGCACUGCGCCGCCCUUUGUGUGCUCCUAUCCAUCGGCAUUUGCAACGCGCCCCUCAUACACGACUACACGGUGGUGUAUAGGGGUAGUUUGGACGAUGUCACGCUCGUUUGCAUCAUCGGCGGGAUAAUGCACCUGUUCUUUUGGAUCGUUAUAUGGCUCUUCUUGACUAUCAAGCAGAAAUGGACGUUCAAGCUGAGGAUUACGAUCGGCCGCGCCACGGUGAAGGAGUCCCGCUCGCUGCGCUUGGUGCACGACGUGCAUCUGAACAACAGACGCGAGGAUACCGCCCAACAGCCGUUGCUUGUCGUGGGCAACGGGAGGACCUACAGCGUGACGGACACGUCGCCCAAGCGCGCCAUCAUGGGCGUCAUACAGAAGGCGGCGCUCAUCAACAAGUCCAAGAGCAACGGGUCCAUCACCACCAACGAUGAUGGAGAUGAACAGAUUUACUGGCUGAGACCGGUCCUGGCGCCGACGCAAAAUACUCCGGACGGUUCGAAUUACUUUUGUUGGUUCAAAAAGAAGCCGAAGCAAAAAGUGACUUUCAACGAGACGACGACGACGUCGGGAAAUCGCGCAAAGGCCAGCGUGCGAAGGAGCACCAUCCCCGGAAUGGACGAAGACGACGGGGACUACGCCACCCUCAGGGAAUUACCCCUGCCGCCCGGCAGCGCAUCGCAGAGGAUCUCCAACGGCGACGACACGGCCAGCGAAGAGGGAAAGCUUUUGGCUUGCGUUCACGACGAACACAUAACGUACGCUAGCACGAAUCAGGAUUUCGAUCCGCCCGCUGACGCUUUCGAAGAACGAAGUCCUCUGCUCGACGAGGCGUCGGUCAUUGUUCAUAGCAACUACGAGAACCAGGUGCAAACGGGAGCGGCGCCGAGAUGCCUGCGUCGCGCCGACUCCGGCAUGAUACCGCACGAGGAGAUCCCCGGCCGAUCGGACUCCAUAAGCACCGAGAGCUCCCAUUCGCCGCCCGAUCCGCCGGGCAGCAGCCACAGCGAAACCUCCAGCGGCAUACACUCCAACGACAGCGAGCACCAUCUCUCCAUCACCAAGCACACCCCGUCUGCCGCCAAAGACGCCGAAUGGAAGACCGACCCAGUCAUCAACAUCAUCGAGAACCCGCACCCGGACGGGCAGGCCCCGGAGAACACCGUCGUCAUCAGGAGGAAGUCCAUCAGACCCAAUAAGGUGGAUAUCAUAGCGCCGGCGAUAAUGGAAGAGGAUCCGUACGGCAGGUGCACCAACAUGCGCAUGACCUCCUUCACCGACAAGAGCCAGUCGUGCUCGGCGACGCUGCCCCAUUACCCGACGCAGCCCGUGCAGAACGUGUACCCGAAUUGCUCGACCAUGCCGCUGCCGCAGCACUCGCAGAACAGCGUCGUCGCCAACGGCAUUGGCGGCCUGGUGAACGGCAACAGCUGCAACGUCUACCCGCGACAGCACUCCACCAUACCGACGCACCACAACGGCGUCAAGCUGAUCACCAACAGCAUCAAUCCGUACGCGAAAAGACUGCCGACCAAAGUCGGGGAACCCCUCAAGUACGAGCCUAUUUACACAGCUAUCAAUAGGAAGUCGGGGGAGAUAUGCCACUAUACGUCGUAAAUCUAAGCGUCGAAAAAUUGUUUUUUUUUUAUAUUAUUCUGUUGAUUGAUUAUGAUAUUUGUUAGGAACCCCCCUUAUGGUUGUGUGGUACAGGGCUCAACGGGAAAUUAGGCGUUAAUUCUUAGGAAAUUGGAAUUCGGGAAUAUUGAGAGAGAUUGGGCGAAAAUGGGGUAGUGGAGUAGAUGAAAAUUGGCAAUUAAGUUUCGAUGUCCUACUGACUUCACACCCUAAUCUCGGGGAUUUACGAGCCGGCGCUAUUUCGCCGAUCGUUGUUUUUAAUAUUCCCGUCAAAAAGAACUGAUAUUACAUUAUGAAUAUUAAAAUAUACUGUUGAGGUCUGUCGAUAGGUAGAUUUAUACGCGCACUAGUCAAGAGUAAGUUUUUUUAUAUGAAAAUUUUUAUAUUUUUUAGGCGAUUAUACCGGAAACAACCCACAAGACUUACCUAUUAUUGUUCGUGGCACUUUCUUGCGAAUCACAGCAAGUUCUUAUUGAAUUAACAUACCAUGUAAAACAAUCUUAAGAACCGAAACCCUAAUAUAAACGUUUUCCACACUACAAUAAUCUCGAAUGCUCUAAUCCUAUUAUAACCUAAAUUUAAUUUGUCUAGCUUUUCGAUUUAAUCCCUUCUUAUAUUUCCCCGCUCGCUUUCGCAACUACCAGCAAGAAAGUAUGAAAUCCACUACACUUUCAAGGAAUCGAGCAAGUGGGAUAAUAAUUUAUACAGUAUGCUUCUUUAGUAGAUUUUUUUAAAUUAUUUUUCUAUUUAAUGUUCCUAAAAUAGCAAUAAAGUGUCACGAUUUUUGACCAUUCUAAUCUAAUUAUACUAGAUAUAUCUAAUUUCCAUAUCACCCGUAUCUUCGUAACUAACAUUCAUUGCAUUUAAGAUAAGAUAUACCUAGUUAAGAACGAAGUUAUGUAUACAGAGUGCUCUAAUGAAAAACCGUUGAAAUAACGCAUUUUGUAUAUAUCCUUCAUUUUUACCAAAAACAUAAAAUAAUUAACGAUAACGGUAGUUUUUAAAAUGAAUAGCUUUUUAUAUGAAAUUUUUAUUUACACCUAAUUGUAUAACAAGUAUAUUAAAAUCAAUGUGAUGCUCACCAUAUUUACUCUAUCGAAACUCCUACCUAGCUGCAAAGGUUGUCAAAACUAUCUAAAAACGGGCGUUUAAUCGUCGGUAAUAAUAGGUUAGUGAUUAUUGUAUAAGCUAUAGUUUUAGUUGUUUAUCGUAUAUUUCAUGUAAGACAUUUUUUUAACGGAAUUCGCCGAAUAUACCAUCGAAAUUAGAUUAGAAGUUGAGAGAUACAAAAAAAUCUGUAGUACUUAGGUGUAUUAUACGCAACUUUCACCAUAUCUGUAGUUCGUUGAAACCAAUACAGGGUGUUUGAAAAAAAAAAACUAAUUAGAGCUAGAUGGUAGAAUUUAUACAGCGAGAUCUAUAAAAAAAUCUAAACUGAACUAGUUUCGAGAAAUCACCAAUUCUUAAGCUGUAUAAAUAUAGAUAGAUUGUGCUACUAAAAUAGAGCAUAAUGAAUGAUAUAAGUAUUUUGCUACCUAUGUAUUAUUAGACCAACAUCUUUACUCACAAUAUCACCUCCGUACUUUCAUGUGAUUCCCCACAUAUCCGAAAUAAGUUAUUUUUUUAUCAACAAUUUGCAAAAUUGUUCAUCGUAUGAAUUAGCUGAAAGAGUACUGACAAUAAUAGCAAAGACCUUAAGAUUAAGCAUAAUAGCACAAUAUUUUAACAAGUUUUGAUACGCAUUUUUUAUUGAAGAUACCAGUCCGGCGGAUUCCGUUCGAAAAAUUGCAUAUAAAUUUGAAAAAAGUAUUUUAUUUGAAACUAAAUGUUCAAGAGAAAGUAAAUCCCCUUGUAUGUAUAAUUCCUGAAUCUAAACGCGAAAUGGAUCAAGCGAGAUCAUUAUCGAUGUGUUUGUAGGUAACUCAUUGUGCUUAUUCCUAUUUUUUUACGCAAAUUCUAAUUAACUCGUUGAUCUCUUCGUGCAUGUUAAUUUAUUAAUUUCCUCGUUUUUUAUUAUAUUGUUGAUUUUUUAAAUAGACAAAGCCACUCUUCUAGUCAAAUCAUUACACUAUUCAAUAACUAAACCAAAAAAAUGUUCAAAAAUAUUCCCAAAUUCGUUGGUUAAUUUUUCUUUUAUAAAAAUAAACAGUGAAUUGUGAUUAGUUGUUUAAGAAAUAGUGAAACAAUUAGAUAUUAUCAGACUAAAAAUAAAUAAGGUUGUGAUUUUAAUUGAGAUUACAUUCAAAGGAUUUUGGAAUAUUUUUUGGAAUACUAUAUUUAUAAUAAUC